GCUGUGGGUUCCCCCCAAGUGUUUCGGAUCACCAGCUCUGAUAGCGAUAGCACCCUCAGUUAUGCUUAUUUCCAGGGUAAAAUCGUAGGUAGUUUGAGGCAUGCGAAAAUAGAACACUCUCCCAACCUUAACGACCCAAUCCCCCUCGCGCUCGCUCCUCUUUUUGAUCUAUCCAAAGGAUGAGCCUCCAAGAAGACAGCUACCCGCCUAAUCCCAAUCCCAAUCCCAUUCCCAUCAAGUCCGACUUCGAGCUGUCCCGUCCUCCAUCGAUAGAUGCAAUGUCUCCCCCCGGUGGGCUAGUACUACAACCCCUUGUCAACGAAUUGCUCGCGCAGAUUCAUAACCCCUCCGCCCAGAAUCAACUCGAGUCGCCAGAGCCGCUCGAAGAAGAUAUGAGCUUCAAUCAGAAUCAAUUUACGACUCCGAUCAGCCAACCUGCGCCGCAGCGGGCUCCCAAAUCUCGGCAGAAACCGCAGUCGCUCACGAUGGAGGAACGUCUACAGAUGAUGCCCGAGAAGCGACCAUUGCCCUGGAGAGCUGGCGUAGAACCGGGCGCGGAGAACGAGACAGGAGGUGAUUCACGAAGGAAACAGAUUCGAUUCGGAUGUCUUCUUGCGACGCGUGGAGAGGUUCAAACUACGCCCUGCAAUAGCUGCUCCAACGGCCGAGGGAAGUUCGAGCUUUGUGUCGCCUUGGAGGGAUUCUUCAAGGGUGCAUGUGCUAGUUGUCAGCUUAGCGGACGACCGAAUCGUUGUAGCAUCAAGGUACAAGAUGGUGAGUUGAAUUUUUCCAUCGAUUGUUGGACUACACUAACCCUGGUUACAGACAACCCCGAAAGCUCGCCCGUCAACACACCUGGUGCGGGAGGAGUGUCUCUCAUCAAUAGUCACGAUAUGCUAGUACAUCAAUCUACGAGCGAAGGCCCCAAAGCAAAAAGACGUAGAAAGGAUAAAGAUACGGUCCCAGAAUGGGAAAGUCAGCGACCACAAUGGGAACAAGAACUAGGCAAUUCGCAUGCUCGACAACAGAUGAAGGAUAUUGUACAGAGACCGUGGGCCACAGUCAACACUCAGAUGCCUGUACCUCCAAAUCCAAUGAUGAUGAAUGGAGUCGGAGUGGGAACGAGAAGUGCUGUUCCAGAGGGCGGAGACCGAGCUGGCUGGGCAACAGUAAACCAACAGACAUCGCCUAGCUCCGGCAACCAGAUGUUUGGGAAUGGGAAUGGGAAUGGGGGGGAGAGCAAUGGCUCGAACUUCAAACUUGAACAGGGUGGACGAGAGCGUGAGGAUACGUUGGCUAAUGAGGAAGGGUCGGCAGUGUUAAUCGACACGCUGCCAAAACACAAACAGAGACAGGUAUAUGGGUUGGUGAGUGGCUUGCAAGGCGGGAUUGAUCAUCUACAGCGCGAGCUCAACAGUCUGCGGAGAGCGCUAGGAAUUGAGGAAUGAGGAUGAGAGAGUGAUCUCAUGGAGUUAUAAUGAAGCGAUAAUAGGUCAAUGGCAAUGAUUUCUGGAAAUUGGAAGCGAGCGAUUUUUACGGCGAUACGGAAGCAGGUGUCAGGUUCUUCUGGUUGGUUCCUGGCUGGGUUG